ACAAAAUAUGUGUUGUUAAACGUAUAGCUGACUGAAGUAGUCCCCCCAUUUUCCCGCUAUUUUGGAGAAAUAUUCAUUAUAAUAAAUAGUUUUUAUACCAAAGAAAUAAUCAAAAGUCAUUCAUUAAAGUAUUUACUUAUUAUACCUUUAGUAAAAACUAGUUUUUUUUCCUCAUUUUUAGGUUUCUUGGAUACGACGAAGGGAUUUUCAUGUGCUGACGGUUGGUUUGGAUACGUAUACUACGGAUGACCGUUUCGAAGCAAUUCAUAUGGAAACGAAAAAUGAUUGGACAUUGAAAGUAAAAUUUGCCCAAUUGAAAGAUGCGGGGUUGUAUGAGUGCCAAGUUAGCUCUGACCCUAAGAUUAGCUUAUUUGUAAAUCUCAGUGUUGUAGUUGCCAAGGCGGCCAUCUUGGGCCCGCACCCACUUUUUGUGAAAACUGGGAGCUCUAUCAAUCUCACUUGCGUCAUAACUCAGAGUCCUGAACCUCCAGUUUUCAUCUUCUGGUAUCACGACGAUAGAAUGAUCAACUAUGAUUCUUCGCGUGGGGAGAUCACCAUUCAAAAGAGUCCAGGAGAUUCAGCCAUCAGUCGGCUCUACAUCAAGGAUGCUACUGCUGACGAUUCGGGGAACUACACAUGUUGCCCUUCCAAUACUGAAGCCACCAGCAUCUCCGUAUACGUCUUAAACGGUACUUAUGGUGAAAGGCCAGCUGCUAUUCAACAUGAUGCCAAUAUUUCUACAUCAUCUUCAUCUAGUCCAAGUUUCUCUUUCCUUUUCUUCCUUGUUCUGACAGCUUUUGUUUCGAGGUGACAGCGCCAUCUCUUGGAUGACUGCAACAUUACUGAUAUUUACGCUCCACUUCAAACCAAAAAGCGAAAGACGAUUCAAAAGUGACAUUGUUGAAUAAUUCAGUUUCACAGUUCACUGCAGAACAUAGUAAACUGUGCUACUUUGAAUAUCACCGCAAUUAUAAACAAACUGGAUUUCUCGAUUUACAAGAACUUCGCUGCGAAGUUUGUAAAAAUAUUCGUAUCUGCGAUUAUAAACAUGGCAUGAACCAUACUGAACAGCAGAUAAAUGAACUUAAAUUUCUACCUGUGUGCAUACUUACAGUUUAUUGAUUUCCUUUUGUGUCACUUUGAAUCUUAUAUGUAAUGUGCUAUAUUGUAAUUGUGUGAAAGAAAUGCAUGAUUUUAAAUACCAGAAUUGUUCAGAGCUAUACAUAAACAAAUAGUAAUCAACAGUUUAUGAUAGUUAAAAUGAACAAGAAAAAACUGAAAGACAGAUAUUUUCUACAAGUCACAAUCUUGUGCUUUUCCCAGAAACUCUUAAGUUCAUCAUUUUAUUCUUCUUCGAGUGUCCUGGAAACAAAAUUUUGUGAUAUACUAAUUUAUUGUAAAGCUGUAUUCCAUGGACUAAUUCCUGGUAAUUGAAACCUCCCUUCAGAAAUUUUUCACUAAAAUUACAAGUCGCGAAAAUUGUUAUACAAAUAUGAUGAUAAAGAAGAAGAGCAACAUGAUGAAGAUUUCAUAUUCCCUAGCCCUGAUUUUUAAAAAAUGGUAAACUAUGAUAUUACCAGCAGAAAACGAGCUAUCUUUCUCCUCAUUUCACAGAGUUGACAUCAAUUAAGAGCAUCAAGAGGUUACAUAUCCUAUUGAUGAAUCAUUCUGAAUUAAAAUUACCUAACCAAAGAAUAAACUACGCAUUAGAUUAAAAUAUAACAUUCAGGAUUAUUAAUGAUUCGAAUGAAUGAAACAAAAGUCACGAUGACUUCUUAAUUCCUGUAUGGUUCAGUUUUUAAUUAUUUCAUUGCCGUACUCAUUACAUCUUUAAAUAAUUUAAUGUCAGCUCUCAAUCAUAGCCCUGAAAGAAAUUUCAUCGUGAUGCAUAAUAUAUUUAUUGUUUGAAAAGCAUAAAAAUGAACUGACAUUUGUUUCACUUAAGAAAAUUACAAAUUUGAAUAAUAUGUUAUAGAAAAUUGCAAACUUCAAUACUUUAUUACUAUCAUGACAGUCCACUCGAAAAUAUAUUAAGAAAACAUACGUAAAAAAAACAUUCAUUUUUUUCCCAUUAUUACAAUUUUUCAAAUGCGUUUUUCGUCAUAUUUUUUAUUCUUUAUUUUACUUGUAUUAUUUAUAUUAAUGUAUUAAUGCAAGAAGGCUAUAUUCGUUUAAUCUUAGAGAAAAGGUGUGGAAAAAUUAUUUAUAUUUUUGACUUUUCCUGUUUCAUUUAAUAAGUGAGAGAUUUCUUAGAAGUGUGCAUUGUCGUAAGGAGUAGUCUGAUGUGUUAAAAAGUCAUUCUUAAACUUAGAUACCAAUGUUGACUUCCAAACAUUUUAGGAAUUUUCUUUUACAUUUAAUUUGAAAAUUAAAACUAAUAUCAGCUAAACAUAUUGUAAUUUAUUCGAUCAGAAACACCAAUAUUUUUCUGCCAUUAAAACAUAUAAAUCUAUUUGGAUUUUGGUACGUUCUGUACCAAAUGUCUAAGUGCCCAUUGCUAAUUGUCAUUUUACAGCAGGUAUUACUAUCACAAGGCUCAAGCAUAUUCGCAUCAAAAUAAAUUUAAAUGAAGAAAAAUAAACUGAAUAAAAUGAAAUCUGAAUGGUACAAUGUUUCAGAAUGAGGUAAAGUAAUAGUUUUAUUUCAACAAAGUUGGAAGAAAUAACCGCAGAAUCACAGUAACUUGCCAAAUAUUGAGAUUAUAAAAGUAUUGGGAAACAUUUUAUUAAACCGUUUCAUUAACUGUAUAAUCACUAUCAACUUUAAACAUUUUAUUAACCCUUUUCAUUAACUGUAUAAUCACUAUCAACUUUAAACAUUUUAUUAAACAUUUUUAUUAAAGGUAUAAUUAUUAUAUAUACAAUCAUUGUAAUUUCAUAGCGUUUCAUUUCUCUCCUUAAAUAACUUAAAUGAGAAAUGCGUAAACAAAUCAGUUCAACUCUUGAAGCACAUUUAGCUUUUUUAACAUGAUAUACUUAAAAUAUAAUAAUUUUGCAAACGUUACAUUAGAAUACACUUUUCUUUAAGUUUCUAACAUUGUUUAUAAUAACACUUUUGUUCUUAUAUCAGUAUGUAUUCUCCUAUUUUCCUCCUCACGUAUUUAACUGCUAGUGUUUUCAGUAUAUGGCUUAGAAACUUUGAUUUUUAGUAAAUAAUAUGCAAGGUAAGGACAGAUAGCGAAGUACACUAACCAAAUAAGUACUUGGACACCUGUGAUAGAAAAGAAAAACAAAAUUUAUUCAUAUUCAGUGGUUGGUAGAACCUCCACGGCUGGUAAUUACAGCCUCAAUCCUCCGGGGCAUGCUUACAAGUCUUAAAAUGACGGCUAUUGGUAUUUUCUUCCACUUCGCUUGGAGAAGACAUGUAAGUUCCUUCACCGAUAUUGAACGUUUGUUGCAUCCCUUAAUUCGGCGAUCCAACUCAUUUCACGGGUUCUUCACAGGAUUCAGGUAUGAGUUCUGGGCAGGUCAGUUCAUUCGUUUAACCCCAUUGUCACCAUACUAAUCCAUGAAGAACCUCGCAACAUGACAGCUGGCGAUGUCGUCGUGAAAGUAACGUGUCCAACCCAUAAAACAGCUAUAAAUCAGGAAGCAGGCUGUCAUCUCAAAUAGUGCACUAGGCAUCGGCGUUGAGUUUAGCAUGAAUUUGGACCAAGGGUUUAAUCCAUAGCAGGAGAAACACCUCCAAAUCAUAAUUCCAUCUCCGCCGAACUUUGCUGUGGGCACAAUGCAUUCUGACAACAGGCCUUCUCCAGGCAGUCGCCAAAUCCAACCUUGCUUUUUGAACGGUAAAGGGUGGACCUUGAUAUUUUGCUCCAGAUAACCCCUUUUCACCGAUCAACGGCUCACUGUUGAUGUGCUUUGCAGCAUAUUAAAUAAGCAACCCUAUUAGACUUCGGGAUCAAAGGCUUGUGGGCGGCAGCACGACCGAGAAAUCCAAGCAGAUGUGCUCUGUUACGGAUGGUAUUCAUCGAAACAACACUCGAGGUUGCCUGUUGAAACUCGUGGUGUAUGUGGGCCAUCGGUUGGGUGCGGUUCAUUCGAAUUUCUCUGAACAGCAUCCAUCGGUCUUUAACUCCCAGUUUUGUGGGUCUUUCGACUCUAGGCACAUUUCGACAAUUCACCUUCCACUUCUGAAUCACAUAGACUACUGUCGAAUUUGGGUAAUUAAGCUCGCUACAUAUGUCCCUUAAGGAUCAGUCAUUUUUGUGAUACCCUUUCCCAAAAUCAAAUAGCUGUCCAUUUCAUAGCAUCCUAAGUGCGACUGCCAGUGUUGUUUCAUGCGCAACGUUUAGUGGCGAAGGGCGCACCGUACAUCAGGACCGCAGUUAUAGACAUCUGCAUUGUUGUCCAAAUGCUUAUUGGUAGAGUAUAGCGUAUAAGUCGUAAGGAUACUAAGAAAUGUUAUAAAUGUAACUGUCUUCUUUAGAACAUAAAAUAUAGUCAAAUCAAAACAUUUAUUCUUAUGCACGUUCUAAUUUGUCACUUUCUUCUUUUAAAUCCUUCCUUUGAAAAUUGGUAAAUGCCUCGCAAAUUUUCUCCAUUCAAUAAAGUUAGCAAGAUUAGACAAGAGGGCGAAUGCGAGAGUAAAUAUUUUAAAUAUUUUUAUGGAUUUUUUUACCAACUGUUCUGAUAUAUGUAAUUGAAGCCGAAAGGGAUGUGCUCCCCGUAAGAAAACGAAUUAGGAAAAUAGAAAGAAAUAAAAUUAAUUACGACAGAGUUAAAAUAAUUUCUUCGUUUAUUGCUUUUAUUGGUACAUUUUGUGAAAAUUAUAGCUUUUAAUAUUAAGUAUUUACAUACGAGUUUUAUUAGGUUGUAGAGAUUCAGCUUGUAAUUAGUUAACUGAAAAGAAAACAAUUUGAGUUUGUUAUACGAAUAAGAUUACUAUGCAUAUCGCGUAUCUACUUUAUGCCUUUUAGGACUUUUCUUUUUUUUUUUUUUUUUUUUUUAAUUUUUUUUUAUUUUUGUUCAGAUGAAAUACUUAUAUAAGGUACUGAAUUAACCUACAAUAGCAUUAGUUGCACUAUCUUAUUUUUCACCUUACUCGCAAUUACAUAUGCGCGUUUCAUUCGAGGGAUCCUAGCGUAAGCUAAUAUUUGAUUUCUACCUUGUAGAAAGUGGUAUCUCUUUUCAAGAACACCAAGGCAUAUCAUGUGAGUAACAGUCUUAAGUUUCAAGAACUCUCAAAUCUCCGUAUGUCAAUGAUAAGUUCUUGAGUAGUAUUGCCACAAAAAAUUGUGUGAUGGCAUAGUAUAUCUGUGACCAGUACUUGAACAGUUUUUGCACUGCAGUCUGUAAAAUUAUUACUUAUUAUAACACAAGUAUUUUUAUUUUACAUGCAUAGUUUGCAAAAUUUUCUCGAUGUUUCUGAAAGAAACGUUUUCUAGCAAUAUUUUCGUCGAUGAAUAUUGAAUUAAACUUCAUGUUAUGCACCUACUGAUCCUCUCUAUAAACUUCAAGAACUGAAUCUGCUGUGAUAAUUCAUGAGAUGAGAAAACAAAUGAACGGUAAGCAAACGCGGAUUUUGCAUUUUGCGUGAUGUAUACAUAAUAAUUAGCAAAGAAAAAUAAAAGCUACGUAUUCAAGAGAAAUAUGAAAACAAAACAUUUAAAAAGAGAAAGAAGCUAAAAUUAAAUCUUUUUAAAUUUUAUGCAAAAAUUCAUGUAUUUGAGUUCUAAACAUAGAAAUCGUUACACAAUAAACCGAUUGUGUGUAUGUGAAUGUUAAGUGCUGUGAGAAGCGACAUGAUUAGAGACCUUUUUAUUUUGUGCAAGAAAAUAUUAUACGAAGGAGAGAAAUGUAAGUAUUAGUCAGAAGUAUUUUAUGAAAAGACUAAACAUUCCAAGUUAAUUAAAACCAUGUAAAUUUUGGUUUAGAGUGAAAGCCUUUUUAUAUGUGUUAAAUAUUAGUUUAGAAGAUGGUGCUACAUAUGUAAGGCUAAAACAAAGAUUAUAUUUAUUGAAAGAACAACAAGAAGUAGUAUUUAGAAGUAUGUGGGAUGAAUUAUUUUUAUUACAGAUACCGCGAAGUAAGAAUUAAUCUUAAAUCUUCAGAAUUAUUGAAAAUGAUAGCAAAAGAAUGGUUAAGAAGAAAUCUCAUUGCAUACGUGCGAAAACCAAGUUUUAUGAUCUCAAUAAAGAUCUGACUAAUCGUCAUCGCACGUCCUAUGAACGAUCAGCAUCAGUGAUCUUCAACAGAUUCACCGAAAGGGGUUCUUAAGAGCCUGUGAAUUAGAGAGCCUAGAUGUUCUGAUAUGAGAAACUUAUUUGAGAAUGGGAAUUUGAGGCAAAAGUAAGCAGUAAUUCCGGAUUUCAGUCAUGAGCAGCAUUCUGAAACCUUAACGAUCAUGCUGUUUGAUAUUAAAAAUCGUCUUGCCUGUGCUUAAGCAAUUUUAAGGGAAAUUAAGAGAAUACACAAAAUACAAACCUUAAGAACUUUUGUUAAAAGUAGUGAUCAUUAUUAUUUUUAGCAGUGAACCUGCUUUCCAAUCAUACAAUUUAAACGACUAAAAUUGAGACCUAGCUCUUGCGGAUAACUAAAGUUUGCUUGUAAUUUAUAUUUGUAGUGGGCAAUAAAGAACUUUAUUUCAAAUGCUGAUAACGUAAGAGUAGACAUUGCUCUUGAUUUAUUAGUUCAGCUCGAAUUUCGAAAAGGGCGAAAUAAUUUAAAUUUUAAAUGGUAAUUCAAAUAUUCUUAAAAUAUAUAAAUUUUAAAGCCUUUAAAUAACAAAAGACUUAAACUUUAAACUUUUAAUUAAAUACUUAAACAAUCCCAAUGGAAACUAACAGUUGGAAAAGUUCACUUGAAUCAGAGAAAGAAUAUCAAAUCAUCAUUUUCUUAAUACAAAUAACAGAAAUAUAAUUUUAACUUUAUAUCAGUCCUUCGAUAGCUCACGGGAUUUGUUUGGUUUUACCGAAUGCAAUGACUGAAAACAAAAAUUUUUGUAUGAUAUUCAUUAUACCUGAAACUUACUGUACGUAUAAAUUUCGGUAAAAUGAUGUGAAUUAUUUAGUUAAUAUACUUCCUAUGGCAGUUAGGUUUUAAACAUUUAAUAUAAAAUAUUAGAUCCAUUAGUAUGGUAAAUGCAAAGGGAAAAAAUUAUGUGGACCUAUAAAAAACUUGCAAAUUAGACGCACAUUAUUAAGUCUCUUUCUUAAGAAGCGUACCGUUUUCAUAGUUAUGAAAUUUUACAUUUUUUACUUUUCUAUAUAUUGCAGAAUUUAUAGAUGUAAUUAUGCAUCAGUCAUCUUUCGUAAGGGAAAUAAUUUUAUUUUAUUUAUCUAUAUUUUUAAUUAACAUCAACAUUAAGAACAUGCCCAUUAAUCCAUUUUAUAACAACUCUUAUUAUUUGAACUCUUGUUAUUAGUCCAAUUUUAAUAAUGAUUCAUUUAGUCCUAAUGUAAAAUAAAAUUUUUUUCCUCCAAAACAAAAUUCAUUUAUCAAAUUUCAACAUUUUACGUAUCAUACUUUGAAAUUAGUAGAUGAAACUGUUAAUAGAUGAUUUAUGGAUAAAGACUUGGCUAAAAAGUCUCGCAUAAAUAUGUACAGAAGGAAAUUUUUACUCCCCUAAAACAAAAAUUGUACUUUAAUUGUAUAUAUGAGGUUUAAGAUAAAAUACAUGUUGUAUUCAGCAAAUAACAGGAUUUUCAUUUAGUAAUCGGACUGUUAUAUUCCAUACCGGUUCGGAAUAUUCAAUACUAACUGAUAUCGGUAAAAUAUUAUACUCAUCUGAACGUUUUAUCUUUUGCAUACAUUGAAAUAUCGUUUCAGAACAAAGAGAAAUCAAAUUAAUUAUAUUUGAAUUUGUUUAUGAAAUUUAGUUUCAUGAUAAACUAAAUUUAUAAAAUUACCAUAUUCAAUUUAUAGUUUUUAUAGUUUUAGGAACAAAUUUAAAUGAAUAUUUUAUGAAUUUAGGUCUUUUUUUUUAAUUUAUUUAUCACAUGUUAAAUAUAGCCAUAAAGAUAUUAAGUAAUAGAUUCAUCACAUAUUAAAAAUAUUCAGUAAUGGUUUGUUAAAUGAGUUAUUUUUACUGUAAUAGCUAAUGUUUAUGUUUGUAAUUUUUUUUUAAUUUUAUAAUUCUUUUUUCAUUUUGUUUUCACCUACUGUGUUGCAGAAAUAUUUUCCAUUUAAGAUAAGACGUUAUGCUCAAUCUAGUGAUAAAAAUUUCAAGACUCUACAUAUUUAAAUUGCUAUUUAAAAUAACCAUAAAUAUUACACAAACUAAAAUGCUAUGCUGUCUUUGUAGACUAUUAAAUGAGAUAACGCAUUACAUAGCUAUUAGUAAAUGCUUAAUAUAUUCUUAUCCCUUGUUAUAUUAAUUUACUAGCAGAAAAAAAGAGGAUCAUUGACCGAAUUCCCAGCAUGCUUUACUGCUAAUGACUUAUAUCGAUUCCCACUGAUAUCAUUGAUUUUAGUAUAAUGAUCUCCAUCUGACUUUUCUCUCUUUGACCAAGAACACGAAGGAAUACGUGUGCUGCAUUUUGAAGAACCACAUGUGAAGAAGAUUUUGGCUAUAAAUUACGUACUCUUCCAAUUUUAACCGUUCCUACCAUUGCGUCCCAUAACGGUACUUGACGCUGUUGAGUGCUCGAGCAUACAGAUACUGUGAGCGUACAAUUCACUGAGACUUCAUUACGUUUUUAUUAUUAUUAUUAUUGUUUCAUUGAUUCGUGUUGCUAUUGUACAUAGUGCGUUGCUUCACUUCUCUGUAUAUGAUCGUAGACUAUGACAUCCAAAAGUAUAUUAUGAUUAAAUAAUGUACACUGUGUUUAUUAAAUUAUAACUGAAGAAAAAUAAAUAAAAUAAGUAAUGAGCUU